GAUGAAGAGGACAGACGUAGGGAGGGCGUCAGUCGUUCCCGCGGUAACGGGAGUGAAUCGCGUCUCGACUCGGACAGAUCAUGUAGUUGGAAUCAAGACACGGUGUGUACGUGUGUAAUACGCGACUCACGUUCUCAACGCUUCUUACAUCUCUUUUUUUUUUCUUUCUCUUUUUUUGUCCCUCUUUCCUGUCACUCAAUCCUCUCUCUCUCUCUUUCUCUCUCUCUUUCUAUCUAUCUAUCUAUCAUUCUUUCUCUUUCUGUCGGUACUAUAUAAUCAGCGAAUGCGACGAAUGACGUCGGAGAGGUAUCAAAGAAGGAGGAGGAGAUGGGCGAGGCUCGUUCACGUAUUCGGCUCGAUCGUAGAAAUCUCGAAAGCUUGCACCAACAGCAACAGCAGCAAUCGUUUGCUGGUGGUGGAAAGACAACGACAACUACAACGACGACUACGAUGAUGAUGACGAGCCUCGUUCAAUCCUCCACCGUUUUGAACAUGGAUGAAUCCGGAGGGGAGAAUACGCCAGAGGCUGAACUCGAUGAUCGAAGGGGGAAGGGUAAAUCGAGAAAAAAAAUCGACAGUUUUGUUGAUGUCGGUAAGAAGGGAAAGCAAUACACCUCCUCUCCCAACGACGAUUCCAACGAGAAUGAGAUGGUGUUUCGAAUCCUCGAAGAGAGCUCUUUAACGGAAUCCCUUUCGGGUAUUACUGGUAUAUGUUCUGCUGAUCCAGUGGAGGGAGAGAACCCUCGUUCUACCAAAGACCUUCUUACAUGUCCUUAUGUAAACGAGGAGAAGGGGGAGAAAGAGGAGGAAACGACGAUGAUGUUGCUUCCGGGAGUGAGCAAAGAUUUCAUUUCCAUUUCUGAUGAUAUUCAUUAUGAAGUUAAGAGAUACGUCGAUUGCACGGUGUUAAGUCGUAGCAAUGGUGGAGACGCUGAGGAUUCUUCGUACGACAGUGAUUACGAAGCUGAAGAUUCAACGGGCGUUCAUCCGCCAUUGGAAUCACGACUCUCGUCUUCCACGCAUUCGGACGUGUCCCGUACUACUUCGGACACAUUGGCUGCGGAAUUUGCUGAGUAUGUCACUGUUCAGGGACAAACUCCAACACAAAGUCCAGGAUAUACAGCAAGAGUAGAAUUCGCAUUAAAACUUGGAUACACGGAACGUUUGGUACAGGCUGCUUUACAAAAAUUAGGCCCAGAUCCAGGUCAAAACGAAUUACUGGCAGAAUUGAUCAAACUCGGUGCUAGUUGUUCUCCAAAAUUGAGCGAAAGUCUCGAAGAAAGUGAUAAUCUUUUUGACGGGGAGACCAGUAACGAAGAAUUUGGUGGAAGAUCUAAUUUAACGACUACUACCGCAUGUUUGAGGCCAGUUGUGAUUGAUGGUAGUAACGUGGCCAUGAGCCAUGGUAAUAAAGAAGUAUUUUCCUGUCGAGGUAUUAAAAUCUGCGUUGAUUGGUUUAAAGCCAGAGGACAUAGAGAGAUCACUGUUUUUGUACCAAAGUGGCGUAAGGAAGCAUCGAGACCUGAUAAUCCUAUUGCCGAUCAAGAAAUUCUAGGUGAACUCGAAAGAGAUCGAUUACUCGUUUUCACUCCAUCCAGACUGGUUGGUGGUAAACGUAUGGUAUGUUAUGACGAUCGUUAUAUUCUUAAACUAGCUGCUGAAGAGGAUGGGAUAGUUGUCAGUAAUGAUAAUUAUAGAGAUUUGGCACAAGAAAAUCCAGAAUUCCGAAGAGUCGUUGAAGAGAGGAUUCUGAUGUACAGUUUUGUUAACGACAGAUUUAUGCCUCCUGACGAUCCGCUUGGUAGAAGUGGACCUACUUUAGAAAAUUUCUUAAGAAUUGGUCCGAAAAAAACUGAUCCUGCUCCACCAUGUCCUUAUGCAAAGAAAUGUACCUAUGGAAACAAAUGCAAAUUUCGUCAUCCAGAAAGAGGUUCGCAUCCUCAUAAAUCUGUAACGGAACGUUUAGUGGAACACGCUCAGCGUCAUCUUCAAGCUAGAGGUCCGAGUCUAAGUUUGCCUUUAAAUUCUAGCACCCCUACUACUAAUGUUACAACGCAACAUCAACCACUUUGUAAAGCAAGAUCAGUUGCUUUAUCAUCAAAUGUUUCUCAAUCAUUAUCAUCCGUCCCUAAAAGUAGAUCCGUUGAAAAUGUCACCACAGAUUUGUCGACAACUAGUCCAAUUGUAUAUGCGCAACAAAUAUCGGCUGUACAAAAUAUGCAAGGAUAUGUUUCUCCAGCUACUUGGGCAACGCCUAGAGUGAACAAUUCGGAUGGGGAACCAGUUAAUAUGCAUAGAAAAUUACAACGACAAUUGACGUUAAAUCCAGCAUGCGAUCCACGUCUUUAUCAAUUGCGAAGAUAUCAACAACACACGGCACCAUCUUCAAAGCAACAACAACAACAGCAGCAACAGCAACAACAACAACAACAGCAGAAACAUUCCCAGCAAUCUAUAAUUGGUGGUCAUCCAACAAUUCAACAUAGGCCACUUACUAGACAUGCCAGCAACGAGUCUCCUUAUUCAGUGCCUAUAAGUUGGGAUCAUUCUGAAGGACUUCAUCAACACGUAACACGCAUAGCUUCGGCACCAGAUUCAUAUCGUGCUUGGCCUCCACGCGGUACGAAUUUAAUUACACCGUCUCGAGUUUCUAGAUUAGGUACGUCAGAUCCUCAAUUAAAUUUGUUACCGUCGCCGUCAUCACCGGCAACGAAUUUACACGGAGGUGCUUGGAAUACGCAAACCCAAGACGCACGACGUCAUUUGCAUUAUCACCUUGCUAAUAUUUUCCCUGAGGAACAGGUACAAGCAGCAAUGGCCAUGAAUCCUCAUGAAACAGAUCCCCAACAAAUAUGUGCCACCAUUUUAGCAAUGUUUCCCAAAAAUUAGUAAAAGUUUAACAAAAACUUGAUCAAUAUCCAAUUAAACCAAACAGGUAUGGUAAUAUAUCAUUUGUACAGUAAGUGGAUGUGAUCGAUUUGACUCUAACAAUAAGUUAAACUUCGAUGUAACAGAAUUAGUCUAUAAACGACAGAUUUUCUCGAAUCAUCGGACAUAGAUCACAAAAUGGGAUACUUUUAGAAAAAAAGUUUUUAAUAAUAGGUGAAAGAUCAUAAUGAUCAAAUCAUUAAAAAUGAUUUUAUAUUUCCAUAGUU